CAAAUGACUUUACUUGAGCUCAGCAUCAAAUCGUCCGGCAGUCAAUCAUGUAGGUCCCUGCAAGUAGAGUGCACAUAACAGUCAUCGUUACCCAGUCUGAGUCUGCUGGGUCCGCAAGGUCUGCGAGCGUGGCUGAAGAUCGAAACUUGACAAGGCCCACAGACAUUGUCUGGACAGCGCGCUCGAUGAUGACACCCUGUCGCCAUGCAACCACGUCAUAGCAAUGCCUCUCACGCUUCCUCUCAUCAUCGACUCCCUCUUGUAGCCUUUGGAAACCACUGACUUGACCAACAAUCAGCGCCAUACAACCGGAAUGAUGUUCACGCAAGCUGUGGCAAUCGCCUCGAUUUUCACCAUCGUCUCUGCGGAUGCGUACUACAAUCAGUGCAGCAACCGCUACGACGUCAGCUCGCCUGAUUGGCAGAACGUCGGCGGCCACGGUCUCACCAAGAUUGGCGUCAAUGGAUGCAAGAAUGAGGGCGUUGCCUUUUACGCAACGCUCGACUACACCGGUGCUGAUGCCACAAUGAAGAGCUACCCUCAUGCUGCUGUCACUCAAAACCUGGGCAAACCCAUGAGCUCUUACGUCUCUAUUCCAGCCGUCCUCAACUGGCACUGGAGGGGCUUGCCCGAUGAUCAGACCCACGGCUAUGUCGCGCUGGCAGUCGUGCACGGCGAGUGGACACUCCGAGUCAUUCUCUCCUUCCGCGGCGCAGGCUCGCCCGGUACGCUCGUCGGUAACUUCGUCGUGGGAGGUCGCAACUGGAUCCUCUAUCGCGAUGGACCGAUCUACUCCUACGUCAACAACCAAGAGCUCCCCCACGCCACCACGUUCACAACAAACUUGAUCAGCUUUGUGCGACAUGCUGCAACUCAGGGUGCGCGCGUCCAAGGCACGCUCAAGGAAGUGUCCGGAGGUAUCUACUUCUUCAAGGGCAAAGCCGCCAUCAUCUUUGAUGAAUUUGCAGCUCUGCCCCGAUAAAAGUUCCUUGUCUGGACUUGCGCGAGACAAUGCAGAGUUUGCUACAGA